AUGUCCGCCCAUCCGCAGUUUGGAGGUCUUGCCGAGAACUGGAGUUUCGAAGCCGUAGCUAGUCUUCUUCUCAAUCGCCUUGAAGUUGUCUCAGGAGUACAUUUGUGGAUAGUGCGUGCCUCACAGUGGCUUCUGGAUACCUUCGCAUGUUACACCAACUUUGUGCGCUACACUGGCAGCGGUGUGCCAGACUACUCGGGUAUACACGGCGUCGGUGGUACCUCUUCCGCCUGGCGUCACCUCGAUGCUCUGCUGAAAAACGCAGCUGCUGCUGUUGAUGGUGCCUCCUUCGAGUUACCCUGUGUUAUCAUUGGCUUUUCGAAGGGUGGCUCCGUUGUCACGCAGCUCCUUUACGAGAUCGGAUUAUUUUUUGAUCUACCUGAAUUCUCUGAUGUUCGUCUAACCUCUCAGGUCGUAUCGUUAACCUGGCUUGAUUCCGGGCACAAUGGUGUAACACAUUUGUGGCCGACAUGGACAGUACCAAUUGCUAGACUUAGGCGUCAUCCUUCUCCCCCAAAGUUGCUAGCCUUUGCUACACCCUACGAGCUGUGCGACGAAAACCGACCAUGGAAUAACAGAGAUUUCGGGACUUUCAUACGUCUUCUGAAAAACUUCAGGUUACCUUAUUACUUCGACACUUUUUACAAGGGGCAUCACUGGGACUAUUCAUUUGAAUUUCCUCAAACGCUUCGUGUUGGUAUUGAUUCACAUUUUGAGAUUCUGGCUUGUUUUCCCAUUCACCUUUGUAUGCCCACUUCCUCCACCGUGUUACCUUGA